AAAGAGCGCGGUACGCAGUGUGGGUGACUAGAAAGAGCCGGUUGACUAAGCGCUUAAAGCGGAGACGGAAAUAGAGGGAAGCCAUGAGCAGACUCGCUCGGAUUUCGGCUUGAUCAGUUGUCUCGCGGCGCGGAACCGGUCAUCUUCGCAGCAGCCGCGCGCGAGCUCUCGCUCCUUUUUCUUUCGUUUCUUCCUCCUCCGCGGCGGCUCAUCCUCUUAUGCGCAAUCUGCACUCGGAGCUUCGUCGAUCGAGAGAGAGAGAGAGAGAGAGAGAGAGUCUCGGUGCGCGUGUGUACGUGUGACUGGUCUGGUGGUCUGGUGAAUUCCAGCGGCGAUUGUUUGGCAUUCCCGCGGGUAAUCGCGCGCCUCAGUGACGCAGGCGCCGCCGUAAUACGCGUCGGUAUAGGUGAGCGACGAGGCGACGACUGCAGAGAGGCGGCGGAUUUCCUCUCCCGUGGUAUAUAGCGAAAUGCGCGCUUAGCAGGGCCGGCCAGUGUCUGCGCUGCGGUGCGCGCGAGUUGUGUGUAUUUUUCUUUGGCCGCGGCGGCCGAUGCCGCCGAUGUGGGAAGUGCGACGAGAGGAGAAGAGAAAUGCCCGUCAGCUAGUCGAGCUUCGAGAGCCGCUUGACCCGCUCGCUUCCUUCCUGAUACUCUUCGCAGUGACUAUUCACUCUGUGCAGUGCAUUGGUUUAGUCGAUUUCUGCUGAUCGGUCGAAGACUGACAGACCUAGGAAUUCGUAAGAGCCACGAUGAACGUGUCCUACUCGCAGAAGAUGAUGCGCCAGAUCUCCGAGAUCUCCUACGUCGGGAGUUUCAAAUUAAUCAGAAUGGCCACAGGACGUGACGGUGAGGCAGCAAUAACGAUACCAUUGCAGUACAAUGACGCUCAUUGGAAAGCCAUUUUUGAGAAGUAUGACUCAGAUGGUGAUGGCAAAAUUUCAUACCAUGAGUUGAAGGCAAUGAUACGAGGUUCAUCUUCCUAUACAAAUGAUAUUCCAAGCCGUGUAGUCCGGAUGAUCAUGCACAAAGCUGAUUUAGAUGACUCAGGCUAUCUGGAAUAUCCAGAGUUUAUUGCAAUGAUUCACAGAAAAGACAUGCAAGGUGUGUUUGGACAUUUUGUGCAACGAUAUGUACACUCAAUGGUACCAUGCCGUCCAUGUGCCACUGCAUCAUUGCAGAUGACAAGAUCCGGUGAUUUUCCUGAUGGUCUCUACGAAGAAGAAUACAGCUGUAACCCUCCAGCACUUGCCAUGAUAAUAAUUUCUGUACUAGAAAUUAUACUCUUUUUGUAUGACACAAUCGCUCACAAUGCGGUGGCAGUUGAAGGACCUAUGGCAACGCUCUUCAUUUACAAUCCUCAGAAAAGAUAUCAGGCCUGGAGGUAUCUUACAUACAUGUUUGUACAUGUUGGUACUUUUCACUUAGUCGUGAACUUGCUGGUGCAAAUAAUGCUGGGAAUUCCACUGGAAAUGGUGCACAAGUGGUGGCGAGUUCUGAUUAUCUACUUUGCUGGAGUGGUAGCCGGUUCCCUGGGUACAUCCGUCUCCGAUCCUGCCGUAUAUCUGGCCGGCGCAUCCGGUGGCGUCUACGCUCUCAUAACUGCGCAUGUAGCGACCAUCGUUAUGAACUGGUCACAAAUGGAAUUCGCAGUGCUACAGCUGCUGGUAUUCCUCGUUGUAACAUCGGUCGACGUGGGCCAGGCCAUUUACACGCGCUAUGUUCUUGAAACGACAAAUCAGAUCGGCUACGUUGCUCACCUCGCAGGUGCCAUAGCCGGCCUCCUCGUCGGUAUCAAUAUCCUGCGCAAUCUUGAGGUACAGACGUGGGAAAAGGUUGUCUGGUGGGCCAGCUUCGUCACCUACACUGCACUUAUGGCUGCCGCGAUCCUCUGGAACAUCCUUUAUCCUUCGUACUUUCCGCCGCCGGUGUACAACUAAUUAGAGGCGCGAUGUACUUUCUAUUUUUGUACGAGCCGAGUAGACGCGCGAGCGUGCUGAUUCACACGAUACGCACACUUUAGUACAAAGGAAAAAAUUAAUACCGGGAGAAUUUGCCAGGAGACCUUUGUCAUAUCCUUGAAAGCUUUGUAAUUGCGUCGUUUGCUUUCUUUAAAUAAGUGAUCUUAUUGUUUUUAAGGCUAUUAUUGUCUGUAACUUUUGUUUAUUUUUUUCAAUGAAUUCUACAGUGCGCUAUUUUUUUAACGUAAAUUUUAAAUAUGCGUGAUAUUCAUUUUUAUAUAUAUAUAAAGUUACUUAAACAACAUAUGAUUUUGGAGUUACGAGAGAAACGCACAAAACGUAAGCCCGAGCUUAUUUGUUUUAAUCGUAUUUAUGCAACGAAUUUUCAUUUUUUAAUUUUGAGUGCCAAUCAUUUUUAUUUACGCGAGGCAAACCAUCAAUUUGAAGUGCCUUUAGUAUGAUUUAUUUUGUAAAUACUGUACUCUAUCUAUUAGACUUGAAAUUAUUAACGAGCGUGAUUUCUAAAAAUAAGUACACGCUAGAAGCCGUAAUAGUACAGUUCAUAAAUAUUGCAACAAUACGUAAUAGAAUCAUGACAACUCAAUAUUUGAAGGCCGUGCAGUAUUCAUGGUAAAAAUCUGAAAAUUUUCAAGCUUGUAAUUCACAGCUCAUAACUGACGCUCGUGACUUUCCCUGUGAGUUAACUUAAAAGUAAAUUUUGAUGUGUGAAUGCAGAUAUAGUAUUAUCUAUAUUUCAUAAUAAAUUGCGUGGUGCACAUGACCAAAAAAAUUUUCAGCUAUGUACAUGAUAUAGUAUUACAUACUUAAAAGCUCAAAACAAGAGAAUUAAAGAUAAGCUUAGCUCUUAAGUUUUUAUAUAAGAAAUAUAUGUUCCACAUUGUAUUAUUGCAUUUUGAGAAUACUGUCAAGUUCAGUGCAGUGCCUUUUACUGUACUAGCGACUACAAAAUUAAAUACUUUUUUAAGAAUAAGAAAAAGUAUUUAUAUUUUUUUGUAUAUUUUGUACAAUUAUUUAUAAAACGUGAGCGAAUAAACACAAAAGCCAAGUUAUUUUUAUAA